AUGGCGACCGAGGCAAAUACCUCUGCCCCGGCAGAGCCACCUCAAGCACCGGCGACCCAGAAUACCCAGAAGGAGACCCAGCCCAAAGACCAAAAGGCGAAAGGCGAACAACCCGCAAAGGACGGGGAGCCCGCGGGCGAGAAGAAGCUCUCGGGCGCCGAAAAGAAAAAGAUGGCCAAGGAGGAGAAGGCCGCAAGACGAGCACAGGCCAAGGCUGCCCAAGCUUCACAAGGCCAGCCAUCGGGGGGGCAAGAAGGAGCCGGAGACGGGGGCAAGGGAGGCAAGGGCAGGCCGAAGCAAGACGGCCAGGCGGGAGGACAGCACAAGGGACACCAUGCGAAGCCAGCAGCCGCCGCACCUGUGGUACCCAAGGAGGUGAAGCCAGCCGUCCCCGAAUGCUUCGGCCAUCUUUCCAUGGCCCGAAGAAUAAACAUUACCCAAGCGGACAAGGACGUCGACCCCGCCGUCCUUGUGCUGGGCCAGCACAUGAGUACCUUUGCGCUGAGCGAUAGCAUCACUCGGCUGGAGGCUACUCUAUACGCUUUCAAGAAGGUUAUUGACUCCUACACAACUCCCAUCGGAACCACCUUCUCACGCCACUUCACCUCACACGUCCUCAACCCACAAAUCGACUAUCUCACAGCAUGCCGGCCCAUGUGCUUCUCCAUGGGCAAUGCGAUCCGAUGGUUGAAACUGCAAAUCAGCAAAAUCGACAUUGAUCUACCAGACCUGGAAGCCAAGAAGCUUCUCUGUGAAUCCAUCGACAACUUCAUCCACGAGCGCGUGACCCUGGCAGACUUCGUUAUCGCCAACACCGCCGCCGAGUUGAUCGAGGACGACCAGGUGGUGCUGACAUACGCCCACCACCACCUUGUCCAGCGGGCCCUGCUCCAAGCCCAGGAGCAAGGGAAGCAGUUCCGCGUAGUGCUCAUCGACGACGCCUUUGAGCGUGUUGGUGUCGAGCACUCCAAGACUCUCGCCGCCGCAGGCAUCCCAGUCACAUAUGUAUCCGACCUUGGCGCCCUGCGCUCCAACCUUCGCGACGUAUCGGUGGUCCUGGUCGCCGCUGAAGCCAUGUUCAGCAACGGGGCCAUGUACGCUCGGUCCGGCACCUGCGACAUCGCAAUGGCCGCCAAGGACCUGGGCAUCCAGGUCGUAGCGCUCUGCGAGACCAUCAACUUCACAGAACGUGUGUCCAUCGACUCGCUCACAUAUAACGAGAUUGAUCCCGAGAGGCUGUCCGAUGUCGGGUUCCGCCUGCUGUUCGACACCACGAGGGACAGAUACAUCUCCACAAUCAUCACAGAACUGGGCAAUGCGUCGCCGACGGCAGUACCGGCAAUCCUCAGGAAGCUAGAGGAAUUAUAG